AUGCGCGCAGGGCUUUCGAUGUGGCCGCGCCGGGUGUGGUCCGCACGUCUUGUGCGUCCCUCGAGGCUGUGUGCAUCACGAGCUUACUCGGCGCCGCUAGCGCAGCGCCCGUACGACCCAUCGCCGGCGUUCGAUGCGCGUGGCAAGAUCCCGGUGGCGCCAUACGACCCAUCGCCCCUGCCCGGCACGGCGCCCGAAUACAAGGCACACCUUGUGCUGCAUCCUGUGCAAUACCGGCGGCCCGAUACGACGUGGCCUUCGCACAUCGAGUCGGUGUGCCCACUCGUGUCCGAGCUGAGCAGCCGCGCGCGCCCGGGUGGCUCCCUCGCCGGCUAUGGCAUCAGCUUCUCGGCCGGCGAUGGUGACUUGCCCGAGGCGCAGCCCCCCUGGGACGCGCACCGCGACAAGGCGAUGCGUGCACCGCCGAACCAGGCUGCCGAAGACGAGCUGUUCUGGCUGUACGCGUACAGGCCUUCCGGCCAAUUCGUAUCGUGGCCGACGCCCAUCUCGCUGCGCACGCUCCCAAGUGGCGAGGCAAUGCGCGCGCAGCUGGAGACACUAUGGGAAAAUGCCCAAGAAACCACAGAGGCGCACAUCUAUGUGUGCACGCACGGCAUGCGCGACUGCCGCUGCGGCGUCGUCGGCACCGAGCUGAUCGACGCACUGCGCACUCAGCUGGAUCAGUAUGCGGAGCGGUGUGCUAGUCAGGGCCAAGCGCCGACCAAGCGUGUGCGCGUGCUGCCGAUCAGCCAUGUGGGUGGGCACAAGUGGGCCGCCAACGCGCUCGUAUACCCCCAUGGCGACUGGUAUGGGAACCUGCGCACGACCGAUGCUCCGUACGUAACUGGAACUCACACCAGCCUGCUUCUACGAGCGGCUCUUGCGCCAGCGUCGUCCCGGCACGAUAUUCAUGACCUGCGCGAGCGCCUCGUGGUGUGGCCGCGUUGGCGCGGUCGCCUCGGCAUGAACGCGCUGCAGCAGCAGGCGCAUAGGGACGCAUGGGGCCCACCGGUCGUAUUCCCAGCGCACUUGGCACCGCUCCCGCGGGAAGAGGCGGCGCCAAAAAGCGAGGAUGUGGUCACGCUCCGCUUCCGCUCGCACGACGGCCAGUGGUUCGAUGUGGAAGGCCAGAUAGGCGAGACGCUCAUGAGCGUCGCCAAGCGCCACGACCUGCCGGGCAUUGAAGCGACGUGCGGUGGCGAACUCGAGUGUGCUACAUGCCAUGCCUACCUAUGUGACGCCAACGCCGACCCGCUCGCGCAGGGCCAGGUGGACACGGCCCUCGCGGAUGCCGAGGCCAUCUUGGACGGAGACGCGCAUGUGUCUGACGAGGAGGACGAUAUGCUCGAGUAUGCACUGCGCCGAAAACACUCAAGCCGCCUCACGUGCCAGGUGCGCGUCACCCCCGGCAUGGCCGCGUGGAUGAAGCGCGGUGGACGUAUUGAGCUGCCACAGCAUUAG